UCGGCUGAGCCGGCGCUAUGGCAGCGCUGAGGGGUCUCCUGAGGUGGCGCCGUUGUCGCCUUCCCGGCGGCGGCGGCGGCGGCGGCGGCAGCGGCAACCGCCCGGAGCUGGCUCACCGCAGGCGGCUGUGGGGUGGUGUCAGGGCCGCUGAGCCCCGCAGCCACGGUGCGCCGAGCGGGCUGAGCGUGGCAGCCGCGGGGGCUGCCGGCGGGGCGCUCGCUUGGUUUUUCUGUCAGCGCUUUUACGAGCGGCCCGAAGAGCGGGAACUGGCCGAGCGGCGGCGGCCGCCGAUGCUCGGAGGCAGCCGGGGGCGAGCAGGAGGAGGAGCCGGCGAACCUGGCCGGGGACUGCUGCCCAUCCCCGUAGCGGCUGCUGCCAAGGAGGCGACGGUCACAGAAAGUAGACCAGAUUAUGAAGAUUUGGAUCUUUAUGCAACUUCCCGGGAGCAGCGAUUUCGUAUGUUUGCCAGUAUAGAAUUUGAAGGGCAACUAUUUAUGACACCAUAUGAUUUCAUUCAGUCUGUUUCAAAUGAUGAACCUAAAUGGAAAAAACAAUGGAAAUCCCUUUCAAAACAGGAUUUGAAUCAGAUACUGGUAGAAACUCCACCAGUUUGGAAAGGGUCAUCAAAACUAUUUCGUAAUCUCCAAGAGAAAGGUGUGAUUUCUUACACAGAAUAUCUGUUCCUAUUAUGUAUCUUAACAAAACCACAUGCUGGUUUUAGAAUAGCUUUCAACAUGUUUGAUACAGAUGGAAAUGAGAUGGUGGAUAAAAAAGAAUUCUUGGUGCUGCAAGAUAUCUUUAGAAAGAAAAAUGAAAAGAAAGAAAGAAGAGGAGAUGAAGAGAAACGUUCUAUGCUGCGUCUACAGCUUUAUGGAUACCACAGUCCUACUAGUGCUGUGCUAAAAACAGAAGGAGAGGAGCUUGUUCCAAGAAGCUAUUGGGAUACUCUGAGACGUAGCACGAGCCAGGCACUCUUUUCAGACCUUGCAGAGCGUGCAGAUGACAUCACCAAUAUACUGUCCGAUACUACACUGCUGAUACACUUUUUUGGCAAGAAAGGAAAGGCUGAGCUUAACUUUGAAGAUUUUUAUAGGUUUAUGGAUAACCUCCAAACUGAAGUUCUGGAAAUAGAAUUCCUGUCCUACUCUAAUGGGAUGACUACCAUCAGUGAGGAAGACUUUGCUCACAUACUUUUAAGAUACACAAAUGUGGAAAAUACAUCAAGCUAUCUGGAAAAUGUGCGGUACAGUAUCCCAGAAGAGCAAGGCAUUACAUUUGAUGAAUUCAGAUCAUUUUUCCAGUUUUUGAACAAUCUAGAAGACUUUGCAAUUGCAAUGCAAAUGUAUAAUUUUGCAAACCGUUCAAUAGGACAAGAUGAAUUCAAACGUGCCGUGUAUGUAGCUACGGGCUUGAAGCUUUCUGCACAUUUAGUGAACACAGUCUUCAAGAUAUUUGAUGUAGAUAAAGAUGAUCAGCUGAGCUACAAAGAAUUUAUUGGUAUUAUGAAAGACAGAUUGCAUCGAGGAUUCAGGGGCUACAAAAGCUUUCAGAAAUUCACCACUUUCAAAUCCUGCGUGAAGAAGGAACUCAAUAGCAGAUAAACUAUGGGAAACCCCAAAUAUGGGUUGAAGAACUACUAUGUUUGUGUGAAGACCGUAACAAGCAAACACUUCAGAGAGCUUUGGAAACAAUUUCGGAGUAGAGAUAUGUUGAGAUGAACGACAAGACAUUUCAACAUUUGAUCACCAUUAAUGCUUGCACGUUUGCUUCUUUUCCCCCCUUUUUUUCCUACAGCAAACUGAAUGCAACAACAAAAGCAACAACCAGAAAAUAGAUAAUUAAUCUAAACAUCUUACAUAUGUAGAAAUAUCUUAUCAUCUUGGAUUAUGAUCCGUAAAGUAGUUAGUAUAAGCUUUAUUCGUUUGAUUAGGAUGAUUGCCAGUGGAGUGAGAUUUAUUAAUAUUUAUUUAUUUAACUUCUUCAUGAGAUUGAUGUGAAUCCUUGCAAAGGUUUUCUUUAACUAUUAGAAUUGAUUUUCUAAUCAGUCAUUUGCAGAGCAUUCCUAUGCAUGUUUAUUUAGAAAUACAUCAAACUGUGUUCAGUGGGACUUACACCAAGGUAACUGUGCAUAGAAUUGCCUCCUUAAUAUGGGUUAUACUUAAAGAAACCUUUUGUCCCCUUCCAAAGCAACAGCAUUAUGAUUUAAUAUUUUUAUAUGGCUUUCUUUGUGAGUUGCUUUGGAUCCAUGCUGGUGGAGAAAAGUAGGAAACAAGUCAUUAAAAUAAAUAAUAAAAAUGAGGCUGGAGCAACCUUGCUGCAUACUGUAUGUCGAGCCCUUUCAAAAAUAUGAAAAUCCUGCUCAUCAGCUUUUUUGUGUGGAAGGGCUAAUCUAGUCCCACAAAUAACUGAAUGAUAAAAUUGUAACCUUUUUGACAAAGCUACACAUGCAGAGCCCCAGAUGUUGGAACACUAAGGAGACGCUGCACACAUAGCACCAUUUGCACACACUUUUUCCUUUCCAGCUGAAGAUUAAACAUGUAGUCCCCUGAGCUGCACGGGGCUGAUUCACUUUAAAUAUAAUGGACACAAAGUCUAUAAAAUGUGAAUUUAUUUUAGGAAUGUAUUUUUUAAAGUAUGUUGUAUUUAUUUAUUUUUAUCUUCACAUGCCAUUCCAUUUUCUUGAUAUGUUUGUUAUGCUGGUAAAAUGUACUUUCAAUAACAUCUAUGAAGGAAAAAAAUUCUAUCUGAUGCUAUAAUAUAAAUAUGUGUACAAAUAGAAAAUAUGAAAUGAGGUUCAUUUUGAAGCAGAAGAGUUGAGUUGAAUUCAGACUCAGUCAUACUUAGUAGACCCACUGAUUUCAAUUAGUAAUUUGUACCAUUGAUUAGAUUGGUUGUAUUUCUGGAUCCAACCCAAUAAUUUUGUCUUUAAAAGCUAUUAAGCUGCAGUUAAAUCACUAUCAAAUAUUAUAACUAAAGGAGCACAUAGUACACAUUAAUAUGAAAGUUAAAAGAGUUUAAACAUGGAAACAUGCUAUGGAUAUAUCUAUCAUUGUUAAAAAGCUUUAUCUACAGACCACUUAAACAUGAGUAUUUAGAUUUAAUCCUGGUGUUUCUCAUUACAAUCUAUUAGACUAAAUAAAAUUAUUUUGGUUUAACUGGUUGGAAGAUAGCAUUAUUUUUAUAUGUAUACUCAAUAGGUUAAUCAAAGUACACUGACUUUAAAUUAUCUAACUAUGAAUAAUAUUGCAAAAGGAAAUGUGAAUGCUUCCUAGCAUAUUUAGUCAUUCCAUGUUGUCUACAUGUAUAAUAGAUUGGAUUCCAACAAGUGUAAGCAGAGUUCUGUUCGCAGAACA